AUGAAAGCUCUUGAAGCCAAAGAGAAUGAAAGAAAAUACACUUGCUCGUUUCGUCUCCGUGCGAUUGGUAUUUACUUGGAGACUCUUAGGGACACGUUUAAACGAGCUUUUGGAUUCAUUACUCCUGUCUUGAACGUCCUGAGGAGGGUUUCUGGGUAUAUCUCCCCUGCUUUUAACAUCCUGAAGCGUGCCACACCUGAGAGCACGAUACUAAGUCAACACAGUGGUGCUCAACUUGGUCAUAUAUUGAACAGAAUCGAUGGUCUUUCACUGGAUCUGGAGGGUACUAAAACAGUCCUGACUGAUCGUCUAGACUCUCAGGAUAAGAGAUCGAUCAACACUGAAUCAAUAACUCAACGCAUCUCUGAUGAUGUCCGCAUUAUCAGAGCAGAAGUUGAAGAUGUCAAAGUUUCGAAUAACGUACUUGAACAAAGCUUUAAGGAUUUAGCUUCCAGGGUUGAGAGAAUGGAAAAACACCACGAGGAAAGAUUUGACACGUUAGAAUUACAAGCCGCGAGCACAAACGCUCUUUGUUCAGACACAUAUUAUAUGGCUGCAAGCGCAAACGCUGUGCUCUGCGCGCUUGCACAGAGGGUAACUGGACAACCUGUCAUCAUCCCGCCACCACUAUCACGCACACAAAUACAGCCACUGGAGAUGCCGAUGCAGCCGCACCACAUCACACAAAGCACAGAACAGAAAGGUUUUUUCGCAUCACUCCGGCGUCGCCUUACUACAGGGAAACAAGAACUUGAGAGAAAGGCAGAAGAUAAGCGACCAGGGAAACAGCCAGAAGAAGAAGACAAGCAAGAAUAA